GUGUGUUUUUUUUUCGAAAAAAAAACCGUGCGACGAAAACCGGUCCAAGUAAAUUUUUUUUUUUUUUCUUUCCGCUCUCAACUUCGACGCCUUUCUUCUGACAGUUACGUGUGUGUGUGGACAUAGGCGUCACAGGAGGGAACCGGGAGAUUUGGGCUAUUUUUUGGGGGGGUUUGGGGGCGACUUUGGGGCUCCAACGCCGGACGCCGCGGGGUCAGUCACGUGCCGUCGCCGUGGCAGCGGCCAUGGACUCGCUCGGGGAGGCCGGACUGCACUUCGACGAGCUGAACAAACUGAGGGUCCUGGACCCCGAGAUAGCGCACAACACCACCGAACUGAAGGAGGAGUGCAAGGAGUUCGUGGAGAAAAUAGGACAAUUCCAGAAGAUAGUCGGCGGCUUAAUUGAAAUAGUUGAUCAACUUGCUAAAGAAGCUGAAAAUGAGAAAAUGAAGGCAAUAGGGGCUAGAAAUCUUCUGAAGUCAGUUGCUAAGCAAAGAGAAGCCCAACAGCAGCAGCUCCAAGCUUUAAUAACUGAAAAGAAAAUGCAGCUUGAAAGGUAUCGGAUAGAGUAUGAAUCGCUGUCAAAGGUUGAAGCCGAGCAAAACGAGUUCAUUGAUCAGUUCAUUCUUCAGAAAUGAAACCAAGAAAAGCAUUUUCUAACUACACAUCAUUGACGUUUUCUGCAAUGGACAGUUAUUCCUUUAUACCACAUUCCAUCAAGGCAAUGGUUUUACCCCAGGUGUAUUUUUGCAUUGCAUUUUGACAUUUCAAUGAAUAUACAUCAAGCAGUGAUUAUUACAAUGUCUGUCUCAGUGUGAUUGUUUGGACUGCAUAUAAACAAAUUAUAACAAGUAUUUAAUACUAAGGUAUUUACUGUGCUCUUUCAAGUAUAAGAAAAUGUGCAUGGUACACAUGUAAAUAUUUUGUCAACUUUUGUAUAGAUUAUACCCUGAAUAAAUGUUUCUUUC